AUAACUAAAUCCAAAGUCGUAGUCUCAACUAUGAAUUAAUGGCUUGAAAAAAUAAUAUAAUAAGUUUUACUUCCAUCUCCAUCCUUUGGAUUCUUAAAUGAAAUCUUUAAUUGAAUAACCAUAUCGAAACUCCUUAUUUUCCAUUUUUUUGUUUUGUUUUGUUCUUCCCCAAUCAGAGAGUAACGGUAGCAUGAUCUAUGCUGGGACGGUUACCAAUUUGAACGUUCCACCACUCAGCUGAGGAAUCCACCGCCGCCGCAGUCCUCCCUUCCAAAGAUCCAGUUUUAUUAGAUUUAGACUUGAUUUGGUAAAGGAUUUUUUAGAGAGGUGCACCUCAUCAUUUGUUUGGUAAUUAAGAAGAUCGCGUGCUUGCCCUUGCCGUUUUUAAAGAUUGGCGAGGAAGAGAAAAGCAUAAUGAAGGUAAAUUCCGGUAGAGGGCGAAAAGUGUGCUUGGUGGUAACAGGUGUUGUGAUAGCAAUCGUCUUGCUAAUAGUGAUACUAGCAAUGACAGUCUUCAAAGCCAAGCAUCCUGUCAACACAGUUGACUCACUAAGGCUACAGGACUUGAAGGUGAGCUUAGAUAUCGCUCGACUAAGUGUCGAUUUGAACGUGACACUCGACGUGGAUGUCUCAGUGAAGAACCCAAACAAGGUGGGAUUCAAGUACUCAGAUAGCUCUGCUCAGCUCAAUUACAGAGGGCAACAGGUGGGUGAAGUCCCUAUACCUGCUGGAGAGAUUUCUUCUGAUGAAACCAAAGGAUUCAACCUCACACUCACUAUCAUGGCGGACCGGUUGCUUUCGAAUUCUCAGGUUUACUCAGAUGUCAUAUCUGGUUCAUUGCCCCUCAGCACUUUCGUGAGAAUGUCAGGUAAAGUUAGCAUCUUAGGAUUUAUCAAAGUUCAUGUGGUUUCUUCCACAACUUGUGAUUUUGCUGUGAAUCUUUCUAAUAGGACAGUUGGCCACCAAGAGUGCCAAUACAAGACAAAGCUUUGAUUAUUUGUUUCCAGUUUAGGGGUGAAGUGAAUAUCUAGGACUUAAUAUAGUAGACUAUGUAAAUUUUAGUUAAUUUUUAUAUCAUUUAUCAUUUAUUAUAAUUAUUGGUGUACGUGCAAUACGAUUGUAAUUAGUUAUUAUAAGGAAAAUAAGAGUUUCAAAAAAGUUAAAGAA